GAAAAUUCCUCUUAAAGAUUACUUCCCUGCCCAGUAUUCUGUAAGGUCCGCAUUCCCUGAAGCACUGGAACUAUUGAGCGAAUGCUUGACGCUGAAACAAAUGACUAUGCUUAUUAAAACUCCAUGGGGCCAUUUGCCCGAUGCUCCACCUAUGCAAUUUUCUGCCCAACUCAUUCAUUUGUUGCUAUUACGCCUUGUGCGUGACCAGCCGGAAGAUGAGUUAUGGUUUGCAGUGGAUGGCAAGUUGCUGAAGUUCACAUACCAGGACUUCAAGAGGAUUACUGGCAUACAUGAUCCGAUGGAGUGGCCUACGUAUGAUCUUGAUGAAGAACGGUUGGGGGUGGUAGAUAAAUAUUUUGGGGACUGCGAUCAUGUAUCCUAUAUCAAGUUGAAGGAGAAACUUGAAGAACUGAGCACUACUCGGAAGGAUGAGAAUGAGGAUGUUAUGGAUCGCGUGAAGUUAGGUUCUCUGUUUUUGGUUCAUUGCUGCCUUCUUGCUCGAGACUACCCAACACUGAUACAUCCCGAUUACUUACGUUUAGUGGAUGACUUCGAGCUGUUUAAGUCUUGCCCAUGGUCCUUCCAGUCGUACAAAGAGACGGUGAAGAGUUUAAAGAAGACUAUGAAAGGGCAACCCCAAAAGUUUCAAGCGAGCAAAAAUGCAAAUCCGAGAUUUCGCAACGCAAAGUUCACCUUGUACGGGUUCCCGUUUGCUUUACAGGUUUGGGCAUAUGAGGAACUUCCUGUCCUUGCACAAAAGUUUGCCACACCUGUUGUUCCUACAAAACACAUUCCUAUGCUCAAGUGGACUGCGGAUGGGUUUUACCAUGCCCACAAUCUACAAAAAAUUGUCUUUAAAGACAUUGUUGAGGAGGAGGAGAAUGAGGGAGAUGUUGAGGAAAGCACUGACGAUGUUCCAAAUAAUGAACUGACUUUAUUGCGUGCACGAAUUGAAGAACUUGAAAGGAGGCUCAAAGCAACUGAAAAAAAUGUUGCUGAAAUUAAAGACUUGGAAGACACUGAAGAUGAAGAAGACGAUUCUGAUGAAAGCUAUGUCGAAUCCGAUGAGGAAUCUGAGGAAUCUGAUGAGGUAGAGGAAUCCGAUGAGGCUGAUACUGAGGAAUCCGAUGAGGAAUCCGAUGAGCCUGAUAAUACAGAUGAGACUGAGCAACAAGAGGUGAGGAGUGAAGACAUGGAAGUGCCUGGUGUUGUAGAUAUUGGUGAUGAUGAUGUAGAGGGUGUUGAGAAUGUCGCGAAUGGCGCGCCUGAGAUGUCUGUCAUUACUGAAGCUGGUGUCGAGGCUGUUGAGAAUGAAGCGAAUACCGUGCCUGUUGUUGUAGAACUUGGUGAUGCUGGUCAAGAGCUCAAUGCUGUUGAGAAUGAAGUGAAUGAUGUGCAUGUUGUUGUAGAACUUGGUGAUGAUGGUGAAGAGGUCAAUGAUGUUGGAAUUGGUAAGGCUGUACAUGAGGACCUUAGAGAUGAGGUACCUCCCCAAGGCGAGGACACACAUGGGGACACCAAAAUGGUUGUCGUUGAACAUGGUCUAUUUACUGAUGCUGUACAGGAUGAGGUUGGAGAUAUGAUCGCUGAACCUGAAAUGGCUGUUGUAGCGGAGAAAGAUUAUGUGAUCACAACCGAAGUGGUUGAGGACCUGAAUGCGAAGCAAGGCCGGCCUGUAGCAACACUGGCAGCCGAUAUGGUGUGUGAUGGUGAACCAUCGGAACAAUUUGUCUUUCAGGCUACUGAGGUGGAUAGAGAGGAUCCAACAAGCGAAAAAGGAAAUGGGGAAGAAGAAAAUGUAGCCUGUGGGCAUGGUCUUUUUUACGAUGUAAACUUCUAACCAUUAGACACAAUUUAGGUCAAUGUUUAGGAUUUCGGUAAUGAGUGGUUUGAGACAGCCUAUAUAAUUAUGUUCAGAAACAAUUUUAUAACACCUAUUUGAACUCCAUUUUAAAAAGAUAUUUAUGUUGAGUUAUGUUACGAACAGAUACGUCAAAGUCCAGACAUUGUGAUCAAAAAUGUGAUGAAUGACGUAAGUGUGGUGACAGAGUAAAUACUCCCUAUUUAAAGGUUUCCAG